AGCCAAUGGAAUAAGUGUGGUGUGGGUGUAGUGCACAUUUGGGCGUUACCCUGAGUUCAUCUGUUUGCUUAGCUUCAGUUUGACGCCCACAGACUCUUCCUACCUGCAGAUCGCCUUGAUCGUACUCCACAACACUACGAAAAGCUUUCAGAAUGGGCGACAAUCCGGUCAAAAAGGAAGUGCAAAACUUUAACGUGGAAACGCUGCGGAAGACCGAAACGGAGGAGAAGAACAAACUUCCUACUCAAUCGGAGAUCCAAGCAGAAAAGAAAAUGGUGAACGAAGAACCUUGCAGAAAAGAAUUGGAGGAGUUUGAUGUGAAAAAGCUGCGGAAGACUGAUACAGAAGAGAAGAAUACGCUUCCAACUUCAGAUGACAUCGAGGACGAAAAGACAAUGAUAAAAGGAGAAACUUGCCGGAAGGAAGUAGAAGACUUUGACGUGAAAAAGCUGCGGAAGACAAAAACUGAAGAGAAGAACCAACUACCGACUACAAAGGAUAUUGAGGAUGAAAAGAAAAUGAUGAAAGAUGGAUGUAAAUGACUCACCCCUAGCUCAAGCUUGACUUCCUUCCAUAUGAUCCAGUCCCAUCUGCUGCCAUAUGCCAACAUGAGUUAUUGAGGAAAAAUAUAACUGCCUUUCAUGUAUUUUAUUGCUCUUUUUUUUAAGACUAAAUAAACCAAAUUUUGUUUCGCAGAGUUUGAAUGUAGAUUUUGACUUCAAUAUUAAUGUAGUUCUGAAAAUGUCAUUUUUUUUUCUCUGUGAGUUGUCUAGAAACUUGCAAAGUUUUUUUGUUUUUUUUUUGAGGGGGGGUGUAACUGUUCAACUUUAUGUCAAUAUUUGCCCACUUGAUUUGAAUUUUGCUUCGAACCAAACCGUGUAAUGGUUGAGAGAAUAAAUAGCAUUGGUACCAAGGUGAAAUUAGUGUUCUUUUAACACAAAAGUUGAUGUACCAUACUAAGAAAUCAGUGCGGCGUAAACACAAUUUGAAAAGGCUGAAGAGCAAUUGAAUGUAAUAGCAUAAACCAGUCGAGCAAGUUUUGUUUUAUAAGACUGGAUUCCCCUAAGAAAGUGCCAGCUGUUAUUUUCCAAGACUUGCACAAACACAUUAGUGUAGCAACUUGCUAAAAAUAGAUCUACAGUAUUGUUAGUGUUGCGCGAUAGAACAGGUUCUGGCAACCUCUUGAUCUUGUUGAUGCCUUAUCUCAAAAAGCUCUACAUUUUGUCUCAUCUGACCAGAAAAUAUUCUUCCAAAACGUUUUUUUUGGCUUUCUCAGGUAAUUUUUGGCAAACUCCAGCCUGUCUUUUUAUGUCUCUGUGUCAGAAGUGGGGUCUUCCUGGGUAUCCUACCAUAGAGUCCCUUUUCAUUCAGACGCCGAUGGAUAGUACGGGUUGACACUGUUGUACCCUCGGACUGCAGGACAGCUUGAAUUUGGAUGGAUGUUAGUCGAGGUUCUUUAUCCACCAUUUGCACAAUCUUUCAUUGAAAUCGCUCGUCAAUUUUUCUUUUCCGUCCACAUCUAGGGAGGUUAGCCACAGUGCCAUGGACUUUACACCUAUUGAUGACACUACGCACGGCACACACAGGAACAUUCAGGUCUUUGGAGAUGGACUUGUAGCCUUGAGAUUGCCCAUGCUUUCUCCCCAUUUUCCUUCUCAAGUCUUCAGACAGUUCUUUGGUCUUCUUUCUUUUCUCCAUCCUCAAUGUGGUACACACAAGGACACGGGACAGAAGUUGAGUCAACAUUAAUCCAUUUUAAUUGACUGCAAGUGUGAUUUAGUUACUGCCACCACCUGUUAUGUGCCACAGGUAAGUAACAGGUGUUGUUAAUUACACAAAUUAGAGAAGCAUCACAUGAUUUUUCUAAGGGUGCCAAUGCUUUUGUCCUGCCCAUUUUUGGAGUUUUGUGUAAAAUGAUAAAAAUUUAAUUUUUCCCCAUUCUUUUGUGUUUUUUCAUUGCAAGAAAAAUAAAUGAAGAUAUUACUAUCAAAGUAUUUGUAAUUGCAAACAUUUUCUGGGAGAAAUUUAGUAUUAUCUGACAGAAUUGCAGGGGUGCCAACCCAUUUGGCCAGCACUCAUAAGUGGAUUUUAUGGGGCGGGCAAGCCCCCCCCCUGGUGUCCAAAAAGUGUCAUUGCAUGUAAUUGACUAUCCUAUAUAUAUAAAAGUUGAAAAGCAAUAAAACUGCAACAAAAUGAAUAA